AUGCCAUCCGACGGCGUACGUCUCUCAACUCGUAGUAUAUAAUACUUGCAAAAACCUUUCUGUGCUAGGGUUCCAUUCACUCGACGGCUUACACUUUCUCGCCUCUUUCUCUUCUCUGUUCUGAGCCUCUCCAGUUGUAAAUCAAAGAUGGUACUGUCUAACGAUUAUGAUUUGCUCAACCCACCGGCGGAGCUCGAGAAGAGGAAGCACAAGCUCAAGCGGCUCGUGCAAUCCCCGAAUUCAUUCUUCAUGGAUGUGAAGUGCCAGGGGUGCUUUAACAUAACCACUGUCUUUAGCCAUUCGCAGACGGUGGUGGUGUGCGGCAACUGCCAGACGGUGUUGUGCCAACCCACUGGCGGCCGCGCCAGACUUACAGAAGGCUGCUCUUUCCGAAGAAAGGGUGACUAAUGUACUUGAUACUAUAUACCCCGUCUGCAUCAUUGAGAGGGUCGGUAGUCAUGGCUGAUUUGCUGCAUGAGAAUGUGAGGCGGUGGUUUUUUGGGUUGAAUGUUGUCUCUUUUGGUUUCUAAUCACUCUUAAGAUAUGUUGGACUAGCGAAACAUGCUAUUAUGUUAUUUUACCUAGUUUUAUUUUGGAAUAUGAGAAUGGAUUUUCAGUA